AAGAGGGGGGAGAGAGAAAGGGAGGGGUAGGUACUGCAUGUCCCAAAACUUAUCCUUAGCCUGUGUUUAGCUUUCCUUGCCACCACAUGUCUUGUUUCCAAAUCUUUAUCAUCUUGAGGCCGACAUAUCCAAAGGGGACCAUUCUACAAAGAAAAAUACAUAUAUAUAUAUAUAUGUAUAACAGAUAAAUUUUGCAGUUGAUUAGCUCCUAUGCAUUUGGAGAGAGAGAGAGUGUGUGUGUAUGUGUGUAAAUGAAUGAUGAGUGAGUGCAUAGUGCCCAACUGGAAUCUGAGGCACCAAAGACAAGAAGAGCAAGUAGAAGGAGAAGAGAGGAACAGAUCCCCUCACGUGCAAUUUCACCAAAAUCUCUCUUAUGUUGUCCCCAUGUCUAAGUAUGAAGUGACGGAGCUGACAUGGGAAAAUGGGCAGCUAGCGUUGCAUGGACUUGGGGGAAUUCUUCCUCCUCCUCCUCCUCCUCAAACGUCCAAGCAAACAUGGGAUCAUAAACCCGGAGUUGGAGACACUCUUGAAUCCAUAGUCCAUCAAGCUACUCAUCAGCUCCCCCCAAAUGGUAGAGAUCAUCACGGAAAAUAUCCCACCUCGACGUUGGCCGUGAACUCCACCUCCCACAUGCACACGGAACACAAUCAGGACGGAAAAUGGAGUGAAAACUCCACUCACAUGCACUUGCAGCAUGAGAAUCCAGAUCAGGGAGGUGGGAAAUGGAGGGAAAGCCUUUCCCACAUGCAGGUGGAAGGGAAUGGGGAGAUGAAACCGAGCCCCACCACACUCUCCGGCGGAAAAUGGAGGGAGAACUCCAACUCGGCCCAGCAGAUGGAAGUAAAAGCAAAUCCAGCUGCCGCGUCUUCCGGUGGGAAAUGGAGGGAAAUGGAUGAUGAGCAGGGAAAAGGGGUGGUGAAAUUGAGCUCCAAAUGGGGGGAAACGCAUUCGAAAAGGGUGAGAUCAGCGGCGGAGCAGGGGUGCGGGAGGAAAAGCUUUCAGGCGGAGGAGAGCGGCUGCGCGAGCGCGAGCGCAGCCUUCUGCAGAGACACAGACACCACCAAUCUUUCGGAAAAAAUAAACCUUGAUACUUUCAAGAUUACAAACAGCAUUUUUAGAACUGAAUUGAACAUAGAUUGA